AUGGGUCCCUCGGAGAGCACCCCGGCGCAUUUGCACCGCGUGAGUACCAAAACGAAGCAUCAUCCUGCGCAAUCCUGUGUCGCUAAUCGUGCUGGAAAAGCUGCAUACCAGCGACAUGGAAAUCGGCGCCACAGAAGUCGUACAGCAACACUACGCUCGGCGCGUCGUCGCGACCAAACCCGUCUCCCAACGGAAACUCAGUUUCGAACACUCCCGACCUCGUUGGCUCCGAGAGUGCAUGGCAGAAGCGACCGGGGUCUUUUUCUACGUGUUCCCCGGCAUCGCCGCUGUCACGUCUUUCACCAUCAACCAACAGAAUGCUGCCUUUGGGAGUCUGUUCCAAGUCGGCUUUGCUUUCGCUAUGGGGAUUGCGUUUGCCAUUAUUACCUGCGCGCCGACGAGUGGUGGCCACUUCAAUCCGGCUAUAACGAUCUGUUUUGCAAUGUGGCAAGGUAUGUGCAGCCAUUCGAGUAUGCCGAGGAUUCUGUCGAAUCCGGAGAUAGGGGGUAGAACAGCAUAUUCGAGAUGACAGCCGACGGAGAUGUCAUGUCCCUGCUGACCGGUCACAUGACAGGUUUCCCGUGGAAGAAAGUACCCUACUACAUCUUCUCUCAGAUUUUCGGAGCUUUCAUGGCCGGCCUCCUCUUGCUUGGGAUGUAUCAUGAACAACUCGCUGUAUAUGCCGCCACUCUCCGCACCGCUGGACACGACUCGUUGGUGUUCAGCGGCGGACCUGCCUCCGUCCUCUGCCCUUUCCCCUCAGCGAACCAAACGAACCUAGGGUACCUGUUCCUCAUCGAGUUCUUCGUUGACAGUUAUAUCGGCAUUGUCAUCUGGGCAACUUUGGAUCCGGCGAAUCCCUUCGUGAGACAGACGCAGUGGCCUUGAUGCUGUGGUAUUGGCUUACAUCGGGCGAUAGAUCACUCCUUCCAGCGCGCCGUUCGUGAUAGGCAUGGCCUAUGCAACCAUGGUAUGCUUUCCUGUUGUUUGUCUUAUUUCUUGAGCCAUUGGAGAGGACCGCAGCACCAUAUCUGCCCCUACCUUAUCGAGAUACCAGCGCAUCCCCACUUUCCUCAUCAUCUCCGAGCCACUGGAGAGGACCGCAGCACCAUGUUCUACCCCAUUCAAUUGGAGAAACCAGCUGACUUUCUACCUUCACCAGGUCUGGGGCUUCGCAGACAUCACCAUUUCAACGAACCUCGCUCGUGACCUAGGAACACGCAUCGUCGCAGCCAUCUUCUACGGUACACACUCCUUUCCUGACGUUAUCGACUACAUAUCAGCUGACCUUUUCUACCCAGGUGGUGAGGCUUUCACCUACCAUAACUAUUCUUGGAUUGCGAUCCUGGUCAAUAUUCCUGCUACGAUUUUGGCGACAGGAUAUUACGAAUUUUUAAUGAGAGAUAGUUUACAGAGCAUUGGGAAAGGGGCUGCAUUGCAUGAGGAUGGAGAGGAAGGGCUGGCGUUGCAUCUGACUAGGACGGGUAUUAGUCGGGAGAAUUUGGGAGGCAAGGAAAGGAGGGAGGAGAGGGUUGAAGAGGUUUGA